AUGGAGGUUGCGAGUGAAAAAAGGGUUGAGGUUGGGGUGGGUGAGGGUAAAGAGGAUGGACGAUCUAGUGGGGGUGGAGGAGCGGUUGGGGUUGGGAUGGGUGGAGUGGAGAAGACGCCUGGAAGAAGAAGAGGACACUUCAAAAAGAGCCAAUCCAUAGUUCCGGUGGCAAGGUUAUUUGGACCAUCAAUAUUUGAAGCAUCAAAGUUGAAGGUUCUCUUUUUAGGUGUAGAUGAGAAAAAACAUCCAGCAAGGCUUCCAAGAACAUAUACACUUACACAUAGUGAUAUUACAUGUAAACUCACUCUUGCUGUCUCUCAAACCAUCAAUAACUCUCAGUUAGAAGGAUGGUAUAAUAGAUUGCAAAGGGAUGAAGUGAUUGCAGAAUGGAAGAAAGUUAAAGGGAAGAUGUCCCUUCAUGUUCAUUGUCACAUUAGUGGAGACCAUUUCUUGUUAGACUUUGUUGCUAGGCUCAGAUACUAUAUUUUCUGCAAGGAACUCCCCGUGGUUUUGAAGGCAUUUGUUCAUGGAGAUGGAAAUUUGCUAAAAAAUUAUCCAGAGUUGGAAGAAGCUUUGGUUUGGGUAUAUUUUCACUCAAACAUACAAGAAUUCAACAAAGUGGAUUGUUGGGGUCCUUUAAAAGAAGCAUCUUCACUAUCUUCUACUACUACUUAUUCAUCAUCUAGUGAAUUAGGUGAGACUCAAAUGGAUAAUACAAGCAAUUACAAUUUGGAUUUACCACAACCAUGUCAAGGGUCUUGCACAUGUUGCUUCCCCUCAACAAGGAAAAUCUAAAGAGCGUUUAAUAUUGAGAAUGUUGAAUGUAUUACACACACGUGAUAUUGCGUAAUAAGGCUUUUAACUA